AUCACGUGCUAGAAGGUUUCGUUCUUGCAGGUUUUAGUCAGUUUUUUGUUUUUAAAUUAAAAUAAUUAUAAUGAUUAAGCUUGAUGUUGGCCAUUCUCUGUUGACAAUCGAAAAUUUGGUUUUUACCUUUUCGGUGGGCUUCAUUUCUAUGUUAAUAUUCCGUUAUUUCAGGACAUAUAGACUAAAUCAGGAAGAAUUCAGGCCUAAAAAUAAAUCACCCUUUUCUAGAUCUUCAAAUGAGAAUAGCAAUUUACAGAAUUUUGAUGAUAACAUCCGCGAAAGUAAUGAUAAACGGGUGAAUGAAAGUGUAGAUAUUAAGAAUGUCUCUCAAAGUUCCAACAUUGAAAAUGAAGUAAAGUUUGUGAAGGUUUUCUAUGCUACACAAUUCGGGCAUACAGAGGAACUUGUUAAAAUAUUAAAUGACCUUGUUCGUGAAAAAGUUCCAUGUUCAGUUGUUGAACUAUCAUCAUUGGACCCUGAAGAAGUAUUUGUGGUUGAAAAACAGAAGGAAGCUGCCUUAGUCUUUGUUAUUCCUACUGUUAAUGAAGGUCUUCCUCCUGACAAUGCGACAUGGUUCUGCAAAUGGCUUAGUGAAGCCUCAACUGACUUUAGGAUCGAUAAAAAUAGUUUUUCCCAUCUUCGAUAUUCAGUAUUCGGAUCUGGCAAUUCGGCUUAUGAUGGCUACUUUAACACUGUUGCUGUUAAUCUUGAUUCAGAUCUGGAAAAGUUGGGACUUCAGAGGAUACUACCUGUUUACCUCGGUGAUGAAAACAGUUCAAAUAGCAAACAUGGAGGAUUAGAUGAAGACUUUUUGUUUUGGUCGAAAUCAUUGUUAAAUGCUAUAGAACUGCCAAUAGCCCCAUUAAAUUCAUCUCAGAGUACCCUGAUUGAAAGCAGUGAUGAAGAAGAGGAUGAACUGAUGGAUGUUGAAGACUUAGUUAAACCUGCAAAAAGUUCAGCUGAUAAAAAUGUUCCAAAUGGAGUAAAGGAGAUGAUAACACCUCCUUUGAGACAAGUUUUAACGAAGCAAGGUUACAAACUUAUAGGAUCACAUUCUGGUGUUAAGCUUUGUCGUUGGACUAAGGCAAUGUUGAGGGGAAGAGGGGGCUGCUAUAAACAUACAUUUUAUGGGAUUGAGAGCCACAGAUGUAUGGAAGCAACACCUAGUCUUGCUUGUGCUAAUAAAUGUGUCUUCUGUUGGCGUCACCAUUCAAAUCCAGUUGGUACAGAGUGGAAAUGGAAAAUGGAUGAUGCUAAAUCAAUUGUAGAAGGUGCUCUGGAAAAUCAUUACAAGAUGAUCAAGCAGUUCAAAGGUGUUCCAGGUGUUAUAAAAGAGAAGUUCGAGGAAGGCCUUUCUGCUCGUCAUUGUGCCCUCUCAUUAGUUGGUGAACCAAUAAUGUAUCCAGAGAUAAAUAAAUUGGUAUCUCUCCUUCAUGAGAAGCAUAUAUCUACUUUCAUGGUUACAAAUGCUCAAUUCCCUGAUGCAAUAAGAAAUCUUGACCCAGUAACUCAAUUAUAUGUCAGUGUUGAUGCGAGUACCAAAGAAUCUCUGAAGAAAAUAGAUAGACCAUUGUUCUCUGAUUUCUGGGAGAGGUUCAUUGACAGUUUGAAAGCUCUUUCUGAAAAAGGACAGAGAACUGUUUACAGGCUCACUCUAGUCAAAGCUUGGAAUUUCGAUGAAAUGAAAAAUUACGCUGGACUAGUGGAGCUUGGCAAACCCGAUUUCAUUGAAAUUAAGGGAGUUACAUAUUGUGGAGGAGAUAGCAAAAAGGCUAGUAAAUUAACGAUGGAAAAUGUACCAUGGCAUGAAGAAGUAAUUUCUUUUUCACAACAGUUGGCAGACCUGCUUCCUGAUUACAGCAUUGCCUCUGAGCAUGAGCAUUCCAAUUGUAUUCUCUUAGCUCAUAAAAAGUUUUAUAUUGAAAACAAAUGGAAUACCUGGAUUGAUUAUGAAAAGUUCCAUCAGCUGAUGGAAGAAUAUUACAAAUCAGAAGGAAAAUCAACAUUUUCAUCCUUGGAUUACGUUUGCCCUACGCCUGAUUGGGCCGUUUUUGGUGCAAGUGAGAGAGGAUUUGAUCCACGAGAAACCAGGUGGUUCAGGAAGAAUAACAAGGAUAUAAGUGGUUGUUAGUUAAAUUAUGAGUGAAUAGUUGUUUUUUAAAAACUAAUUUUAAAAUGAGAACUAACAGUGGACUUUUUUGUUUCAAUGAACUUGUUCUGUGCAGAAGGAAAUAAUCUAAUUCAAUGUCUGUGAUUUUAAAAUUAUGCUUAGUGGCUACUAUUUUGAUAUAGUAACUAUUAUUUUCUUUUAUUUAUUUUUUUUUUUUUGUAAUUUUAAUAUUUGAAAUAAUUUUUAGAUUUGAACUGGCCAAUAUAUUAUGAACUAAUCUUUUCAUAUGAAUCAAUUUUUUUUUUUUUACCACUAUUACAUGGAAAUCUUAAUUAUAUAGUAUAAUUAUUUUGAUUAGUUUCAUGAGUGCAUUUUUGUAGGACAAACUUGCAAAUCAAUCUUUUUUUUUUCUCAAAUAAACCAAAUAUAGAAAUAAAAAAUUGACUCACUAUUGGUAUUUAAUAAGUAAGUAAUAUCUAACUACUUAAAUUAAGUUAAUUUAUUAAUUGUAACGAAUAUAACCAAAGGAUUUGUAAUAAAAGAAGAACAUUGAAGGUGACUGAAAUAAUUCUAAUUUUUAUAUGUUUGCAUAUAAAAAUUACAUUAAAAAAUUGUUUUAUAAAAAAACAUGUUUAUGAUUUUUAAAAGUUUUUUAGCCUCCUUACAGUAAGGG